CUGCGCCCGUUACGCAUGGAUUUCAAUAAUAUUAUUUACCUUAUUUUAGGUCGGAUAUGAGAUAGAAAAUUGUGAUUUUUCGCCAGUGAGAAGUAUUUUACUUAAUAACUUUGAAAUACCGGUUGACAAUGUCUGAUAAUUCUGAGAUAUUGAGUAAUUUAGAAGACAACUCUUCUGGGAACUUGAAUAUAAUUCGGACAGACAUGGAAAAAGAGAACGCUUCAAAUUCCUAUGAAGAAAAUAGCGCUGACAACGGUGUUGUGCAAUUGGGGGGAUCACAAAGUGAUCAAUUACAAUGUGAUGACUGUAAACCAAUGGAUGAAACAAAGGAAGUGGUAGAUGAACUAGUAAAAGUUGAUAUUGCGCCACAAGAAAACGAGUCGGCAGGUCUGUCAUUAAGUGAAUAUAAAGAAGCUACUAUCAGACUUUUAGACGAAGUAACUUCUAACGUUAACACAAUACCCGAGACAGAUUCUUCAACUAAUACUGAAAUAAGAGCUGCAGCAAGUACUAGUAUAGAUCUGACAAAAUCUGAUUCAGUUGAAAUUGUGACAAUUCAAUCUGGUUCUAGUGCAGAAAACUCAAGAUCACCUCCUAUAGAUGAUGGAGAUGUAACUGUUGAUCUCACAAAUGAAGGAGAAGAUAGUAAAGAAUGUGCAAUAGAGUCAGUUACUUCAAUGAGCUCAUUUGAUGAACAUAAUUGUGACGAACCAGUUGCAAAGAGGCUUAAGUUGGGAACUGAUCCUAUUUCUAUUGACCUCACUGAAGUUAAAGAUAACUCAAAUGCAUCAUCAGAUGUUGUUAUAGUUCCAGAGACUGAAGAAAGUGCUCCUUCAAAAGACACAGACAUGGAAAGCUUCCUAAGGUUGUCUGUUUUUGAGUUUAAAGGUCCCCCAAGACAGCUGACUGGAGCAUGGGAAUGUUUCAAAGACUCUGAAAACAAAAACUAUCUUCGAGGAUGUAAAUGGUCUCCAGAUGGUACAUGCAUUCUCACAAACAGCAAUGACAACAAACUCAAGCUGUUUAACUUACCAGAUGAGCUGUACUACAGUGGUGGAGAAAAUAAGAUCAUAGAUGGAUUGAAACCAGUGCUUAAUAUGAAGGAAGCUGAUACUGUGUAUGACUUCUGCUGGUACCCACUAAUGUCUUCAUCACAGCCAGAAACCGCAUGCCUAGCUGUUACUAGUAAAGACACACCUGUUCAUCUUUAUGAUGCCUUCACUGGGGACAUUAGAUGCAGUUACAGGGCAUAUAACCAUUUGGAUGAAGUGGUAGCAGCACAUUGUGUUAAGUUUAGUUCUGAUGGUAACAAGAUAUACUGUGGAUUCAACAAGAUGAUUCGAGUGUUUGAUGUUACAAGACCAGGGAGAGAUUUUGAAAGUAGACCAACGUUUGCUAAGGAAGGACAGAGGGGUAUUAUAUCAUGUAUUGACAACAGUCCAACAGAGCAAGGCCUGUAUGCAGCAGGAUCAUACUCUAGAAGUAUUGCCUUAUACAGUGAGCCAGCAGGGUCCAUGGUGUGUAUGUUUGAAGGUCAACAUGGUGGGGUCACAGAGGUCAAGUUCUCUCCAGAUGGUACAAAACUCUACAGUGGUGGUAGAAAGGACAAUGAGAUUAUAUGCUGGGAUAUGAGAAAUCCAGGUCAAAUAUUGUUCUCUGUACUUAGAACUGUUAUAACAAAUCAAAGAAUUUACUUUGAUAUUACCAGUGACAGUAAAUAUUUGUUGUCUGGAUCUCACGAUGGUACUGUUCUUAUCUGGGAUACUACCAGUGCCCCUGUACAGCUUAACGUACAUUCUGAUCCUGUCAUACAGCCAGUCAUGGCAUUUGAGGGUCACAGUGAUACAGUUAAUGGAAUUAGUUUACAUCCUACCUUGCCAGUGAUAGCUACAGCCUCUGGACAACGACAUUUCCGCUCGUUCAACAACGAUGAUGAUGUCAUCGAGAUCGAUGAAACAUCGACAAAAAUUGACAACAGUUUACGACUCUGGUGGUCAUGAGUUUACAUCGAAGUUAAUUAAUAACAAGAUAAUGGUGGUCAUGGGUUUUAUUUGAAAGUUAAUAAUGUUAUAGUGAAUGUUUAUCAUGAGGUUAUAUGUAGAUAUAUAGGAGGUUUGUUUCCUUACAGUGAAAUAUAGGUUAUAUCUCUUUGAAAUUAUUUUAACAUAUUCUAAUAUCAUGUAAUACAUGUGAAAUAUACUUGAAUUGGGCUAAGAAUUGCAAACAAAAAAUGAUUUUCAAUUUAUUUCUGAUUAUACUUCUUAAUUAUUGUUGCAUGUCUUUUUGUUUUAAGUGCCCCAGCUCAUCUAUGUAAGAAAUUUAAUUCAAAUUUAUGUUUUUUUUAGGCUUUUGGACCUCGGUGGAGUAUUCUUAAAGGGAUGUUGUAGGGGGCCAUUUCUUUAUCAUUUAUAAUUGUGAAUCUGUGCCUUAGUUUUGUGAUGUGUAUGUACAUAUAUUUUAACUUAUAAUUGACUCUAUUCUUUCAAAAGCUUUAAUUUGUGCACAAGUGUUUCUUAUCACUCCGACGAAUAUACUCAUAUCAUUCUAGGGCUUUAAAGAUAUUUAGUAUUAUCUGUUCUGACUGGUUUAUGGUUUAGUGAUAGACUUCAGAUCACUUGUAUUAACUCACUGCUAUGAAUUUAAACCUUGCCAGAAUAUUUAAGGAUGUUUUAGGGAGUUUUUCAUAAAGACAUAUAGGCAAAAUUAAAACUGUUCGAAAAAAACCCAAAAAUAACUUGGGGGUUGUCAUUCUCACUUCUGAGUUUUCUACCCUUGAAUCAGAAUUUUAAAGAGGAGUUGUGGCCUAGUGGUUCAGAUCACUGCUAUAAAAUUAAACCUUGCCAGAAUGUUUAAGGGAAGUAAUGGUCUAGUUGUUUGGUUGUCUGCCUCUCAACCCAGACAUUGUUGGUAAGAGACCAUUCAAAGUCACAACAUUGCUUCCUUAUAUGACACCAGUUGUGGUUUAUUCCAGAAAGCUGACUGAGAGGGGUUCGAUUAAGCUACAGACAUUUUUCUCAGUGAAGCUUAGAUAAAUUAUUUUAAAGCUCAUUAAUGUAUAACUGUCUAAAAAUUGUAUGCUAAUAUAUUUUUAUACAUGUACAUGUCUUUCCCAGGAAUUCACAAUCUAUCUACAUUUGAAAUAAAUAGAAUUUCAAAAUAUAAUGGCAGUCAUUUUCAGGUCUUGCAUUUAAAUCUUAUUUAAUUUCAUUAAUGAAAUUAUAAUCUUCAUGGCCUUUAUUAAAACACUACCAUCAUGUUUAUGAUUAUGGUCAGUUUAUAAUUGUAAUAUAUAAUAGGUGUGUACACAUCCUAUUUUGUUCUUUUUGUCUUAAAAUUAUAUACUCGUUAAUGAUUAUUUUCCAAUUGUGAACUCAUUUUCAUUUUUGACAAUUUGAUAAUGAACAUAUUAUCAUGGGUGCAAGUUUUCAGGCAUAUGCCUGAUAUGUUUUGUGUGACAAAUUUCAUCAUGUUUUACUAUUAGAUUAUGUAGGAAAAUGAUUAUGAAUGAAGGUUUUCAGGUUUUUCCAAUCUUUCAACUUGCACCCAUGUAUUAUCUAAGUGUGUAUAUAUUUAAACGCUGAUGACCAGUUUUUCUGUUGUUUUUGGUUGUUGUUUUUGUUGUUAGAUAAAUAUUUCUUUGUUCAGCUUAUUAUUUGUUUAAGGACCAAGAUUAAGUUUGUAUUCUGGAUAUAUGAUUUUUACAUCAUUCCAUUCAUUACUUGUCAGGUGGUAUCUUAAUAUUUCAUCAGGUAUGAAAUUAUUGGCCUUACAUGGUACUUGUCAGACAUAGGUAAGGAAUUCUCAAACUAUAGCUU